UAGCGGCCGCGGCACACAAGCUUUUGAGACACAACCCAGUCGUCUUUCCCUCUCCCGCGCCUCGGGCCCUUGUUAAACGCUGGAAUGUUUGGAUUUGCUCGUCAUAUCCGUCAUAUGCUCCUUCAGGAAGUUAUCAAUUGAACACAUUACACACAUAGCCUACUUUAUAUCCCUGCGGCAUCUGUCUGGUUCACAUAGCCUACUCUCUGCCGAAGAUUAUUCCCAUAACUAAUAAUGAGAAUGGAACUAUCAGCGACAGAGUUCUGCACUUUGAAGCGAAGCUGAGUGUUGUCUGUCUGGUCAACGUCAAGUUUGGCGAGAUGCGGCUGUACGGGCUUCUGCUACUUUCUCUUUCCUUCUGGACGUCUCAUUCAGUGUUUAAAAUACCUUUAAAAAUGUUUGCGGGGAAGUUUAACGCGUCUGUGCAGCUGGACCUCAGGCCUUUGAGAAGGUAUCAAAGCGCAGUGGAGAGUGGACUUUCCCUGGCAUCGGAUCCAGCUGGGAUUGUCGACUUUCUGGACAUGAUCAAUAAUUUAAAAGGAGACUCAGGUAGGGGAUAUUACAUGCAGAUGGUCAUUGGGACUCCGGGACAAACGUUGAACAUCCUGGUUGAUACUGGAAGCAGCAACUUUGCUGUGGCUGCAGCAGCACAUCCCUACAUUACACACUACUUUAACAAAGCACUUUCCAGUACAUAUCAGAGCUCCGGGAGGGGAGUUGCAGUAAAAUACACACAGGGAGAAUGGGAGGGGGAACUGGGAACUGACCGCAUCACCAUUCCUCAAGGGCCCAGUGGUACAAUCACCAUCAACAUAGCCGCAAUCCUCACCUCAGAAGGCUUCUUUCUGCCUGGAAUCAACUGGCAGGGAAUUCUUGGACUUGCAUAUCCUCUACUAGCUCGGCCUGACCCAUCAGUGGAGCCCUUCUUCAACUCUGUUGUGAGACAGACUGGCAUUCCAGAUGUGUUUUCUCUCCAGAUGUGUGGAGCAGGAGUCUCUGCCAGCUCUACAGCAGACCCGGCAGGCGGCAGCCUGAUCAUGGGCGGAGUUGAGCCCACGUUGCACCGGGGUUCAGUUUGGUACACGCCAGUCCUAGAAGAAUGGUACUAUCAAGUGGAAGUCUUGAAGCUUGAAGUUGGAGCCCAAAAUUUAAACCUAGACUGCAAAGAGUACAACUCAGAUAAAGCCAUUGUGGAUAGUGGGACGACUUUACUGCGACUUCCUGGAAAUGUGUUUAGUGCUGUGGUGGAGGCCAUUAUGCAAACAUCACUGAUUGAGGAUUUCUCGGUGGGAUUUUUUGAUGGGACCAAGCUUGCAUGUUGGAUGAGAGGUGAAUCACCAUGGAGGUUUUUUCCGAAAAUCUCAAUCUACCUCAGAGCAACAAACACCAGCCAGUCCUUUCGCAUCACCAUUCUUCCACAGCUGUACGUCCAGCCAGUCACUGAUAUUGACGGCACAUUGGACUGUUUCCGUUUCGGAAUCUCCCCUUCAGCAAACGGCCUAGUCAUUGGAGCCACUGUGAUGGAGGGCUUCUACGUCAUCUUUGACCGUGCACAAAAGAGGGUGGGCUUUGCCGUUAGCACUUGUGCAGAAAAUGGUGGUGUGCCAUUUGCAGAGAUCGCCGGGCCGUUCCUAUCUGAGGGCGUAGCGUCAGACUGCACGAGUGGCGUGCCUCUCAGGGAACCGGUGAUGUGGGUGAUCGCGUACGCUCUGAUGGGCAUAUGUGCCUUGGUUUUGAUCGUGCUCCUCUUCUUGCUCAUACUGCCUUGCCGACCGCACAGAGACGGCGAGAUUACAGACGAAUCCUCGCUGGUGCGGCAUCGCAUCAAGUGACGUCAGGCGUCAACUGAAGAUGAGGAGGCACCAACUCAACAAAACAGGGCUGAAGGAACUCAGAGCAGGUAACGGGGUGAACACACUGCACUGAGCUCCGGGUGAGAUUACAUACAUUCCUGAUUGUCUGGGUGGAAGAUGCUGGGAUUUGGACAUUUGUUGACACUUGUGGACAUUUACAGUUGACUGAACUUUAAGGAAGAGGAUAAAACUACUGAAAGAUGAAGGAAUCAUGAUUAUACAUGUGAUUCUAAUAAAAAAAAGAAAAAAAAAAAGAAAUCAUAAAUAAAAGUGCCAAAAUAUUAGUAUGAAUAUGGCAUUGGAGUAAAUGGUGAUGUUGAUGCUCCAAUGUUUCUUCAAAGUAUGCUGCUCUUUUUAUUCUUAGUCUUCAAUAUAAUUGAGUUAAUAAAACUACUGGAAAUCAGCAAUGGUCUCUCUGAGGACUGAAUGAGGUUCAUGGUUCAAUGAAGUAAGUUUAUUUACUGUUAUUGUCUAGAGGAUGAUGUUUCCUUUUAGAUGUCCCUUUUUAGCAGUGCACUGAAAGGAAUAAUUCAGCCAAAUAUGAAAUUUGUCAUAAAAUUCUCCCCUAUGUUUUUCCAAACCUGUAAAUUGAAAAUGUUUGACAGAGUGUGAUGCUGCUCUUGCUUAUAAGAGUACAAUAAAAAAAGCAAUGGGAAGGGAUGCUGUUGAGGUCAAAUAUAAAAAAAAUAUGCUAUUGUAUGGCUUCAAAAAACUUAGUCCAUAUAGGUUCUGUGCUAUAUUAUUAUUAUGUUUAUGAUCUUCUUCAUUAAGCAGUUAUCUGCUGUAAACUUUAUUCAGGAACUUUCGCUGAAAAUCAACAACGCACAAUAAAAUAAUAAACCUAGUUUCACAUUUCACUGGGCAAAGACGGCAGGAGAGUUCCUUGUACAGAGUUCCUUAUUCCUUUCAUUUAAAGUUCACUCCGAAUGUCUGUAUGCCCCACUGAGUGAAUUCAUUGGGUCUCAUUCGCUAAGCAUGCGUACGGGUAAAUCUGUGCAUGAAAUCUGUAUACAAACAAAUCAAGAUUCACCAAAAAAUGUAAGGUUUCUCUAAAGAAUGAUGCAGGCAUAUACAGUAUGUACAGUUGGCUAAUGAGAGAUCUGUAAACUGGGUCUAUAUAAAGUUUUUUUUUUUAUUGUGUUUAAAAUGUAUAGUGACUGACUCAUGAUAUUCAGAGAGUUAAAUGACUUGGCACAAGCUGAUUGGUUUAUGUUGCAUAUGCAGCCAAUGAGCUUAAUGUCUUGCAUUUAUAUGGCUGACUAGCAUUCACUUGAGAUUUUUGCAGCGUGCUUUCAGAGUUUUUCUGAAACCCUCCACCUUCCCCAGCUCCACCUGUAUAGAUCUGCUGUGGGUUAUUUUAUAUGCUAUUUGUGCAGCAGCAGCAUGUCUUAAAUACUCACAGCACCAUAUCAGUAUUGGCAGUAGCAAGUUCCUGUAUUUGCUCACAGAAGCAGCAGCAACAAUCUACAACUACAGCAAUAACCAACAGCAGCAGCAGUUCAGCAGCAGUGUAGCAGAUCUAUUCCGACAAGACCAAAUAAAUUAACAUUGUCAUAUCCAUUACCAUGCUAAAAUCUUCAGAGUUGUCAUGAUUGAACUGGUUUUGAGGACUGCGCACUUGACAUUGCACACUAUACACACUCUUGCAGAUCCUUAAGCAAAGGCAUAUGUUUGAUGAAAGGCUGUAAAGAAAAGGUAGCGAGUAAGGCCCAUAUAUAGAGAUGGUUAUGCAAAUGACUAACAUGUUGAAUACUCCAAAUCCACUGACAUUAGAAAAACGAGGGUAAGAACAAAUUUGUGUGCAUAUGCAUGUGGUGUGAAUUAAGUGGAAAGUUUUCGUGAGAAGUUCAAAUGUGCAUGUAAAUAGGAAUAAGCUAUGCAAUUAUUAGUGAAUGAGACCCAUUGUUUUUCUCCUUCAUGUUUGGUAGCCUUUUAAAUGUGCUUGUGUGAUUGGUACAACAAUGUCAUUCUUAUAACAUUAGAUCAGAUCAUAAUCAUGAAGAUUUAAAAAAUUAGGGACUCUUCUUUGUUUUUAAGGGUGUGCCGCCUUGUGUAAUAUCUUCCUUUUAUUAAAAAUUACAUUUAGGCCUAGAUCAAAUUUGACCCCUCAGAUCAGACGGAAGAUUUUUCUUGAAUUUCAAAUUUCUCUAAUGUGGGUUUCUUAAGAAGACUGGAAAAAGAGCGAGGAGAGAAUCUUUAGCCAAAACUCCUGCACAUUUGCAGUUUGUAUUUGUAUUCCCAGGUAUGCAUCUUUGACCUAUUUUUAUGCUUUUAUGUUUUAUUUGUGUAAUUGAUUUUGGAUUGAUCUUUUAUUUCUUAAUUCUUUCAUUUACAUGUGUAGCCCUACCUGGUGAAUAAACUUGUCAAACUUGA